AUGGAUAUCCCCAUCCAAUAUCCCUGGUACCGUCGGGCCUUCCCACAUCGACUCCCUGACCUCUCCUUGGCAGAGCCUCUCACUGACUGGCCACUUAUCUGGCCCUUGUCCUGGUCCUUCCCUUGGAUGCGCCCUUCAUUCAUGCGCUGGUUCAACUGGUUCGACAACGGCCACAGUGAGAUGCGCAUUGAAAAGGAUCGCUAUGUCAUUUAUCUGGAUGUGAAGCAUUUCUCGCCUGAUGAGCUGUCUGUCAGUGUCAGUGACGAGUUCAUCACAAUACACGCCAGGCACGAAGAAAGACAGGAUGACCAUGGCUUUGUGUCAAGAGAGUUUCUGCGGAAGUACAGGAUUCCUGCUGGCAUGUCAGGUGCUGAUAUCACCUCCUGUCUGUCAAGUGACGGUGUGCUUACAAUCACUGCACCGCGGUCCUCUGCCGGUGAAGAGCGCACUAUUCCCAUUUCCUGUGAGGAUGGAACACCAAAACAGAAAAUUUAG